AAUUGAUCACGAAAGAAAAGAAGAAAAAAUGGCAACAGUAUUGGUGUUUUAGUGAAUAAUUACCAUUCAAGAAAUCUUGGUAUUUUUACACGAGGCAAUUAAGCUAAAUAUCAGUGAUUUACUCAUGAAAGCCAAUAGAUAAAGAAAGAAGGUUCAGUUUUUCUUGUGGCAAAGUCCAUCUUGAGGCAGCUUUAAACCAACCCACUUUUCCAAUUCCGUUUCUAUCUAUUUUUCUGUACUGCUUGAUUAAACUGGAGAUUUCUUUCUGAUAUUUUAAAAUCCUCAGUUGAUAGAGUCUUUGAUGUGCGUGAUGAUGGACGAAACCAGUGGAGGCUAUAGUGAUGAUCCAAGGACUUGUCCUCGAGGACACUGGAGACCUUCUGAAGAUGAAAAGCUCCGGCAGCUUGUAGAAAAAUAUGGCCCUCAAAACUGGAAUUCAAUCGCUGAAAAACUUCAAGGGAGAUCAGGCAAGAGUUGCAGAUUGAGAUGGUUUAAUCAACUUGAUCCAAGAAUAAACAGGAGGCCAUUUACAGAAGAAGAAGAGGACAGGCUUCUUGCAGCACAUCGAGUACAUGGCAAUAAAUGGGCUCUUAUAUCCAGGUUUUUUCCAGGUAGAACUGACAAUGCUGUGAAAAAUCAUUGGCAUGUUAUUAUGGCCAGAAAACAAAGAGAAAAAUCCAAGCUUUCUGGUAAAAGGAGUCAUCAUGAAAUUAGUCAUGACUCCAAAUCCUCAUCUUACGUUAAACGAAAAAAUUCAAGAUCCCACGAUGAAUAUGUGCCCAAAAUCAGCUUUGAAAAUGGUGGGAUUUUGGAAUUUCAAAGUCAAAACAAAGAUCAAGUCUUCUCCGUGUCAUCGUCCUCUGAUUCACACGCUUUAUGGCCCUCUUUUAUUCCAAGAAAUUCAAGGGAAAAUAACCUAUCUUCUGCUGCUGAUUUGUUUGUAAGAGAAGGCAAUAAUCAAUACAAUUCCAGCUCCAACAGCGCACGUUUAAAUAUGUCAAUAUUUGGUGCCUGUGCAGCAUUUGGCACCCAAAACUACAAGAGGGUUGUCCCAUAUCCCUUUGGUGAUGGCAGUAGAAAGCAUGGGAAAAUGAAUAGAGAUAAUUUGACAAGUAUUAAUGUCGAUAAUUUACGCCCCUUUUCCAAUGCAAGGGCAAGCAUAAAGCAGAAACAAGAAGACCAGUCCAUCCGCAAAAAGGACAUUCCCUUCAUAGAUUUUCUUGGUGUGGGUAUUUCUUCUUGAUAACUAUAUUAUUUAAUUCUUUUUCUUUCAAUUUACAUAGCACUAUUGGGAUGAAGAGUGCUUGUUAGUCAAGUGGAAUGCUCAAGUUUAAGUUAAAUCAUGGCUCAAUUAACAAUUUCAGUUUAAUUGUUUGAGAUUAGAGGAUAAUAAUGUAUUUUACAAUUUUUCAGAGUCUUUUGCUUUGUAUGACGUUCUAUUUAAUAUUGUGACAGUUUAUUUUACUUA